AAACAAAAACCAAGUACGCAAUGGGUCUGUUCGAUUUAAGCGCUAGCUUAGCUUACUUGUGGGACCGCGGUUACAAGAAGGCUAGGGAGACGUUGGGGACGACGGAGAAAGGAGUGCUUAAGUCGGACCCCAGAAACGGUGGAGCCUUCUUGGGUAGUUUCGCAAUGCCGCAUGAUCCGCCGGAAGAGAUCGGGAGGCGUGGGUAUGGGAUGGUUUCUGGCGCCGUUGAUGUUGGGUUGUUCAGAAAUGCGGCUUUGGAGGAUGUUAGGAAAUUUAAGAUUAAGUCUGACCGUAGGUUCGGAUGAUGAUGGGGAAGAGGAUAAAGAUGGUGAUGAGUAGUAUUGGAGUGAAUAAAAUAGAUGCAAAUUUACGUUGCUUUCCAUUUGUUGUCUCUUUGAUUGCAAAAUUUUGUAAACGUGGUUAGAGCUGCAUCGUCCCCAUACUGAAUGAAAUCAAGUUUGAGUUUAAUUUCCCAUGAGACCAUGUUUGAGUUCAAGUCGUUUCAAGCUCGAUUCCCUCUAUUUUAAAGUCAAAUAUCAAGCUUGAUUUCAAUUGUUUGAGGCUUUGAACCAACUCUUUCAUUGAUCAACCUUGCUUAAGUUUCAAUUGCUUGAGGCUUAAGUAUGUCAGACUUCGAUACCGAAUCUUAAAUUAUUGUUCCGUCAGGGAUAGACGUUUGGUUUUUUAAAUUAAAUUAAAAUAUGCGUAAAAGAAAAAACGGUCCAACUAAGAUAUUUGGUUUUUUAAUUUCAAAACAGAACAGAACAGAUAUAGAAAUCGACUUUUUAGAGUUAUUUGGUUGAUUUGAUUUAUAAAUCCGUUAUGAAUUUCUAAAUCAUAUCUAUCACAAAAUUCAUGGUGUCAAUUUGGCUCGAGCAAUUUAAAUUUUAAAUUUUCACCUUUUUUUUUAAAGUCUAAAAGAAGGGCAAAUUCCCCGGGAAAAUCACGAAACAAGGGGAUCUGCCUCUGCCUUAAGAUUUAGGAAUGCAAACAGGGGAUACACACAUCCACCAAACUCCUCAUAGAACAUGUCAAUUCCUCGGUUGAUGCCAACUCGCUUUUAAAGCAGCUUUUUUUUUCUUGU